AGGCUCCGGCGUCUGGGGAGAAGGUGAGGCGGUAGGUAAGAGGUGAAGGAGUGCAGACUGGGUGCAAAAGAGGUGUGGCGGGAGAGAGGUCGUUUCUCUCCUGCUGGAGCGGCUUUGUUAGCAAAGGACGGGUGAGUGGGAAGUUUGUUGCACCUGAUCGAAGGGGGAAGGGCUUGCUUGGCCAAAACUGAGGCUUGAGGUUAGAUCUCGGGAUGAACUUUUCAAGAGUCCACAGUAGAUUCCAUAGCUGAAUGUUUCAGAAGCCCAGUGAAGUGUGAUCAUCUCUUUCUCCGUGAAUCCACACCCCCAGCCCCACGCCGCGUUACGAAUGACACCCUUCGGUUCAUCAAAGUAUGGACGGCACAUAGAAAUAUGAUUGAACAAAAAGGGUAAUCGACUGAGUGGGGAAACCCAGCAAGCCUGUCUAGGUUCUUCUUGGCCUCUCAGAGCAUGCAUUCUUUCCUUCUGGGUGUGAGGCAGGACCUGCCAUGGAAUGGGGAGUCUUAUGAUCUACAGUCAGACAAGAGAGUUAUAAUUAUUCAGUAUGUUCCCACUGACUGAGGAAAACAAGCAUGUGGCCCGGUUGUUGCUCAAUACUGGUACUUGUCCAAGAUGUAUCUUCAGAUUCUGUGGUGUGGAUUUUCAUGCACCUUACAAACUUCCAUACAAGGAGUUGCUCAAUGAACUACAGAAAUUUCUGGAAACUGAAAAAGAUGAAUUAAUUUUGGAAGUUAUGAACCCACCUCCCAAGAAAAUUCGACUGCAAGAACUGGAAGAUAGUAUUGAUAAUCUAAGUCAAAAUGGAGAGGGAAGGAUCUCUGUUAGUCAAGAUGGAAGCAUUGCUUCCAAGAACUCAAAUUUAAAUGUAUGUAAUGUAUGCCUAGGAAUUCUUCAAGAAUUCUGUGAGAAAGAUUUCAUUAAAAAGGUGUGCCAAAAGGUUGAGGCCUCUGGGUUUGAAUUCACCAGCUUGGUAUUUUCAGUCUCCUUCCCACCACAACUAUCUGUAAGAGAGCAUGCUGCAUGGUUGCUGGUAAAACAGGAAAUGGGAAAGCAGAGUCUGUCGCUGGGAAGAGAUGAUAUAGUUCAGCUAAAAGAAGCCUACAAAUGGAUAACUCACCCCCUGUUUUCAGAGGAACUGGGUGUUCCCAUUGAUGGAAAGAGCUUGUUUGAAGUGAGUGUGGUCUUUGCUCACCCAGAAACAGUUGAGGAUUGCCACUUCCUAGCUGCGAUAUGCCCAGAUUGUUUUAAGCCAGCCAAAAACAAACAGUCUGUAUUCACUAGAAUGGCAGUUAUGAAAGCCUUGAAUAAGAUAAAGGAAGAGGAUUUCCUUAAGCAGUUUCCUUGUCCUCCAAACUCACCAAAGGCUGUAUGCGCUGUUCUUGAAAUUGAAUGUGCUCAUGGUGCUGUUUUUGUGGCUGGGAGAUAUAAUAAAUAUUCCAGGAAUCUACCACAAACUCCUUGGAUAAUUGAUGGAGAAAGGAAGCUGGAAUCUUCAGUGGAAGAAUUAAUUUCAGAUCAUCUGUUGGCAGUAUUCAAAGCAGAGAGUUUUAAUUUUUCAUCCUCUGGAAGAGAAGAUGUAGAUGUGAGAACAUUAGGAAAUGGAAGGCCCUUUGCAAUUGAGCUGGUGAAUCCUCAUAGAGUACAUUUCACUUCACAAGAAAUUAAGGAACUUCAGCAGAAAAUUAAUAACUCAUCUAACAAAAUCCAAGUACGUGACUUGCAGCUUGUCACAAGAGAGGCAAUAGGACAUAUGAAAGAAGGUGAAGAAGAAAAGACAAAGACCUACAGUGCCUUAAUUUGGACAAAUAAAGCGAUACAGAAGAAAGACAUUGAAUUCCUAAAUGACAUAAAGGACUUAAAGAUCGACCAGAAAACACCUUUGCGCGUCCUUCACCGAAGGCCCCUGGCUGUGCGAGCUCGCGUCAUUCACUCCAUGGAGACACAGUAUGUGGAUGAGCACCACUUCCGCCUGCACUUGAAAACUCAGGCCGGCACCUACAUUAAAGAGUUUGUACAUGGAGACUUCGGGAGAACCAAGCCAAACAUUGGGUCCCUGAUGAAUGUGACUGCAGACAUUCUUGAGCUGGAUGUUGAGUCUGUAGAUGUUGACUGGCCACCUGCUCUGGAUGACUAGCUUUCAAAUUUGGAGACAAAGAGUAUGGUUUUCCUGGCAUGAUGUGGACAUCCAUGGAGCACAUGCCGUAAAAUGGUUGUUUACCCACCAUAACGGUGUCUUGGAAACCAUUUGGAUCAUGUUGAUCUAUAUAAUUGUUAAUUUGUUGUAACAUCUCAGGAUCUAUAUAUGUGCAUAUUUUGUGUUAAAUUGUUCCAAGGAUGUCUUAGGAUUUUUCUCUUUCACCCCCACAAACCAAACUAUGAAUAAUGAAAUAAUUCUCCUUAAUUCUUUCAUUUAGAGAGGUGCACAAACAGGACACAUUCUCUGUUAACCUAAGAAGCUGUAAUUUCAGUAAGAUUUCCCUCCGCAAGAGAUAUACCACCUUUAAAACCAUGUUCUAAUUUUUUUAAAUUAUCUGAAUAAAAGUUAUAUCUAGAUUUAUGCAGCAUAAUAUCCUAUAAUAUUCUAAGAUUGCAAAUGCAAAUCUGACAUCAUUAUUUUUCCCAGGAAGCCUCAAACAAGCUAUUACCAAUGAAGUUCUUUUGGCUGUGAUUUGUCAUAAAUCUUAACCAAACUAUGACUAAUGAAAUAAUUCUCAUUAAUACUUUCAUUAAGAAAGAAUUUUGACAAUCUAAAAUUGUCAAUAUAUGUUUCCUGUGGAGGGAAAGUAAAACCGUAGGAACCAAGGCAUGCCAUGGUAGGAGCCUUUCAUAAAUCUUUUAAAUAAGGAGAAACAAGUGCCUUUAAUAACUUCAAUCCCAGGGUUAAGAAUUUGAAAAAUUGAGAUUGCUAAACAAAGAGGAACUGAUAUUAUUUCAGAAUGCUUCAAUAUAUUAUCCAAUUAUAAACAUUUUAAAAUACCUUAUUAAAGUAGAUAGGAUAUUGUCUCCAUUUUAUAAAUAUGGAAACCAAAGACUAGAAGUUAAAUGACUUAUCCAAAAUUGUUAGCUACUUCUAUAUUGAGGACUAGAACUGAAGUUUCUUGGUCUCUAGGGUCUUUCUAAUAAGCCCUAUUACUGAGCACCUGUUUGUGUGAAGGGGCAGCUAUGGAUGCCAUUUAAACUCAUGUAACUGAUAAUUAACUUUUGGAAUGUAGUUACCAAAUCAAAGAGCUUACCAAAAAAUAGCCCAAGACUAUUUAAUACAAUCUUAUAUAGUUACCAUUUGUUAUUAAGUUAAACCUCAGUUGGUAUUAUGAAGAGGAAAAACAUUAAGCUAAACCUAAAAGAAAAUGAAUGGGUCAUUAAGUUUCAGAAAGGAGCCUCAUUACAAUUUCAGAUUUGAGUAUAAUUUCCAUCACCCUAAUUCAACUAUUUGAGCUUUUUUUAAGAAUACAUGUGACUUGACUAGUAUUAGAUUACUCACUGUUUCCCAUCUCUAUAUUAAACAUAAAUCACAGAUACCAAGAUUCACUUUAGAUAUGAGGAAAAUGGUUUUAAUGGACACAAAGGAGUCAGCCACGUUGGAACCAACAUAGUUUCAUACCACGUUGAAACCAUGUGUUUGAUAUGCGAAUAGCAGCAAAUAAUUUUGUCACUAUUGUCAAUGCCAAUGCAUUGAAAGGCCCAGAAAAUGAGAAAAGGAUAACAAACUUUUGAUAAAAAGGUAAGAAUUUCUGUGUGGAUGUUCCUCAGUUUCUGGGAAAAUUUUGCUACAAAAGAGAUUUAAAUAAUUUAGGAGGCAGUCUUUUGAAUGGUAUUUUUGGCUUAGCUUUGAAUCCAGUGGACCUGUAAUAUGUAAGAAUGAAGAAUGUGCUUAGCAAACUGAAAUGAGAAGACUUCUAUUUCUUAAAUUUCUAUUCCUGAGAUUAUACCAAAUUUCAAGCAAAGAGUAAGCAUUAGCUUUAAAUACUUCUUCCAAAUGGUCCUAGAAUUCUGAGACAAAGAUUGUUAAAAAUUAAUGUAUGUCUUUGUUUCAGGCAGAACUGGGAAUAUUAAGUAGUGAGAGUACUAUGGUUUCCCUUUUGCCUACAUAAAAGCAUUUUAAAAUUA